AUGGCCGACAUCACCGCCGUCGGUGAGGAGAACCCUUCUCCUACUCAGGACGACCUGCAGCAGGCCGCCGGUAACGGCGCCGCUGACAACCGCGGUUCCAAGCGCUCUCGCAUGAGCGCUGAUGAUGAUGACGAUGAUGAUGACAAGCCCGGUCGCGAGCGCAGGAAGAUUGAGAUCAAGUUCAUCCAGGACAAGUCCCGUCGCCACAUCACCUUCUCCAAGCGGAAGGCGGGUAUCAUGAAGAAGGCCUACGAACUUUCCGUCCUCACAGGUACCCAGGUGCUCCUCCUGGUUGUGUCGGAGACUGGUCUGGUCUACACUUUCACUACUCCCAAGCUCCAGCCCUUGGUGACGAAGCCCGAGGGCAAAAAUCUCAUCCAGGCGUGUCUUAACGCUCCGGACCCAACUACCAGUGAAAACGGUGUUGAUGCUCCUGAAGUCCCCGCGGAGACUCCAGAGGAUGUGAGCCAUAACAACGUCAAUCCUCAGCAGUCCAACAUGCCUCGGCCCGCUGGUAUGCACCCGGGGUACAUGACAAAUGAACAACAGCAGCAGAUGGCCUACUAUCAAAAUCUCCAACAGCAACAACAGACUAGUGGACAGUAUCCUGGAAUGCCUGUGGGCAACCGCAUGCCACCGCAUCAACCUGCUUAA